AUGUUGAAUAGAAGACUAGUCUGUUGUAGUUCUGUGUUUAUUUAACUUUAAUGCUUAGUUGUCGAUCUUCUGUCAUUAAACUUAAUUAAACCCAUCGUUCAAUCUCGUAUCCCUAGAAAUAGGAUCACAAUAUCAUUGAUUUCAGCUCAUGUAUUUGCAGAUUUAAGAUGGCGGUUAACCUAAGUGAUAAAAUGGCAGUGCUCUUGUUUAAAAAUGGCACCAAAGUUUGCCUAAUUUAAAAUGGUGGCACAAACCACGUGGUUCAAAAUGGCGCCAAAAUCCACCUUAUUCAAAAUGGUGGCACAAUCAACAUGAUUUAGACUUUCGGGCAUUUGAGAAAUAAGACUGAAGACCAGCUCACAAUUUUUCAAAAUGGCAGUUCAUCCUUCAUUUAGCCUUCCAUCCCGGCUAGGUUCUCUAUGCUCAGACAAGCUACUAAUGAAUUUUGUUCGACCCAGCAACCUGACGGAUAUAAUGGAAUAUGGAUUUCAGGACCUGGGAGACCAUUUUCAUACUGAUGUUGUUCUUUUUCCUAAAUCUGGAGACCCUGUUAGUAUUCACAGUAUUCUUCUCUGCACUGCAAGCCCUUUAUUAUCCAGUAUCCUUAGCACCAUAUCAACACCACAACUACAGCAAACUAUCCUAUUACCUGAAGCUGACUCCCUGACCCUAACUGCUAUGUGUCAACUCCUCUAUGGUUCAGCAGUUCUUCUCUCCGGCGAUGAGAUCUCCAGGUUGAACCAUCUUUUGGACACUUUAAACAUAACCAUGAACAUAUCUGUUCUCAACAGUGUUCAUAUCACUGGUUUAAGAACUUCCAGUUCUUUGCCUUCUGAGCUUCAAUCUCUUAACCCCCCUCCUGAGCUGCAAUCUCUCGACCCUAAUCCAGACCUGCAGUCUCUCAACUCCAAUUCAGACCUACAACCUCUCAACCCCCCUCCUGAGCUGCACUCCUUCAUCACCUCUUCUCAGGAUGACCCUCAGCAAUCCCUGCUUCAGGUUCAAGUUACACGACGUAGAAAACAAAUUCUAGAAAAUUCUGGAACAAGCAGAGGUUCACAAAGUUAUCAAAUUGGGGACACUGACUGUAGUUUAACGAUUCCUGCAGAUAUUCAACUAAACCAGACUAAACAGAUGGAAGGAAUUUUGGAAAAUCGUUCUCUCUCAAUAAAUCCGCAAAAUGAAUCUGAAAAUGCGCCAGUUUCAAGUAAUCCACCUGAAGUUUUUAUUCUCCCGGAUUCUCAACUCCUGGAACCAGAAUCAGUUCAGAAUAUUUCCUAUGGUGAGGAUGUAGUCGAUGAAAGGAACCCUGUUCAAAACUCAGUUUCGUUGACACGUGUUCCUCCAGCUGAAUCCCAAGGUUUGGAUGGCUCUCAAGCAGCCAAAUCUCAAACUUUAGUUGGAGCUCUAGCGGCCGAAUCGCGAAGUUCAGGUGGCGCUCUAGCGGCUGAUUCCCGAAGUUUAGUCGGAGCUCUAGUGGCAGAAUCCCGAGGUUCAGGUGGCGCUAAAGGUCUGGACCCUGUUUUAGAACAGCUGGAGGAGACGGUGCAAACCUCCGGAUAUGGUUUACCCCUGCUCUGUUGGCAUUGCAGUGAAGAGUUUACAACCUUCAAACUCCUCAGUGAGCAUGUAGAACAGUUGACACAUACCAAGCAUCUGAGAAAGCACCACCGAUGUCCCAGAUGUGGAGAUGUUCUGACCUCUAUGUGGAAGCUACGUCAGCAUCUAGCGCAGCACCAGACUAGUCAAUUUGUUGGGAAGGGAGAUCACCCGUAUGCGGAGAAGAAAACUAAAAGAAUCCAAGCUAAGAAACACUGUACCCGAAGCGGUGACCACGGAUACGCCACAGCUACCCAGCUGAACACCAAACUGGUUCCAAAACCGGUUUUAAUCCCAGAACUUUCAAAACGCGGGAGUCGAAGAGUUCAGAAAAAAGUUCCAAAUGCGGGAAAUGAUGAAGAGUUACGAAGAGGGGAUAGUAAAUGGAGGAACGGGAGAGUACUGAAAAGAAUCGGAAAAAGAUUACGAGAAGUAGAAGAAGGAGGGGAAGGAGUAAGAAAAGAAGGAAAUGAAGGAAAUGAAGGAGAGACUAAAGGAAUGACAGUCAGCAAAGAGCAUUCUUACGGAACCCAGAGGGAUUCAUCUCCUGACCAUGAUCAGAUGGAUGUGGAGGAACGGAUUGAUCAUCCCUACAGUGUAAUCAGCACAAUCAAUCAAUCAAUCAAUUCAAGUCAUCAACAAUUAUUCAGUGAUUAUGUUCCCAGAGAGGAAUGCAACAAAAAUGUUAUCAACUCUGGAAACAAGAAUGAGAGUCAGCGAGGAGGACUUCUUGAGAAUAGGAGUAUUGUAGAAAACAGUGAAGGUGAAAGGGUGAUAAAUAACAAGAAAGCAGGACUUCUAGAGAACAGGAGUAUUGUAGAGAACAGAAGUUUUAUGGAGAACAGCAUAAGACAAGAACAAGAGGCCGGCUUCAUAAAUAACAGUUCACCCCGAGGACGUACAAGGUAUUGAAAUCAUGGUAAUUUU